AUGUCGAAGACAUUCUUCCCACACGAGCUGAGAAGGGUCGCCUUCUUCUUCUCCUCCGUCGAGAUGUCAUUUGCCUCAAGAUGGAACUCAAACCUUGACAGACAGAAUUUGAUGGCUUCAUCUGUUGCUUUACUAAAUUACCAAGCAUCUGAAAAUAUCUCUCUUGGGCAAGGGCAGAUCUGUAGAGCUUUUGACUGGCCCAUUGAAGGGAUGCUUAUUCCAAACAGCCCUCCUUUAAAGAAACCUGCAGGGAGGAAGUCAGACAGCUACAUGCCUGUGAGGCUGAGAGUGCUGAGAAAUGGAGAACAUGACAAAAGCAAGGCUGUUACUAUUCUUGGACCUGAUUGUACAACUAUGGUGAAAAAACGGUGCACCAUGAUGCUAAAAUUGCCCUUUGCUGCUAGAAGGCUAUUUACUGGCAAAGGAUUAGAAAUCUUUUCCUUGAAAGACUUGGAGAGAGAUCAGCUGGUUUACAUUUCAUGUGGAGAACAGUGGAUUGAUCCACAUUUGAUCAUGGCCCAGAACAAGAAACUCCUCCAGUUGAGUAAUUUAAUGUCUGAUGUGACGGCUGUUCGUGCGUACUGUGUCAUGCGUAACCCAAAAAACCUUGCUUUAGAGGUAAAGAAUCAUAUUGUUGGAACCAAACUUUCCAUUGAAAGAACUAUAGUGGGUUUUGAAGAGGAAAGGGUUUUUGAGGAGUUGGAGGGAAUACAAGCUGAAGGAAACACUAAAAAUGUUGAAGACAAAACAGAUGAAUGUUUGAGUUCACACGCAAGGUCCCAUCUUAAAGUUGAUAAAUAUUGUACAACUCCUAAAUAUAAUUGGCAGCAAAAUUCUAAUGCUUAUGAGGAGGACAGCAGCUUCCAGAAGGAGAAAGGUGAAGAGUUCUUCGAAAGUGUGGAAUUAGAUCAAAAAUACAGGCAUCAACAUAAGCUGACUAAAGAAUUGCAGAAAGCCCAUCAUCAACAGUUUGAGUUUAGAAAUGGGAAAAUUAUCAGCUGUAGCUUUCCAAAUCUUGUUUUGAGCGUGAAGAAUUCGGACCUCCAUUCUGGUACUGAUGUGGUUUUGUUGGAAAAGAAAUGUGAAGACAUCACCCAAUACUGGAUAUGGAGAGAGGAUAGCAGGACAUUUCAUCUAAUGACUGACCCCAAUCUAGUGUUAGCAGUAUCAAUGCCUAAUAUUCUGAAUGGCUGUCCAAAGUUUCCAUUGAAAAUGCAAGGAUGUGCUGUUAUCAUUCAGAAAUACAAAGAAUGUAUAAAUGGUGCUGCCAAUCAAAAGUGGAAUUGCGUGGAAACAACAAAGGUUUUUAAUGCCUUUUAUAGCACAAUAUUGGACCAAGAAAUCACAGCAGCAAAUUAUGCUUCUAUUUGUACAUUCUGUGUGACCAGCACAGAGAAAAUAGAUCAACCUGGCUACUAUUUUCUUUCACCGGAUAGGAAGAAAAAAGUAAUGAUAUGCUUGGCUUGUGCAAGGGCCAAAAGAGGAAAGAAAGAUCUGAGAAAAUUGUCACCUGGUACAAUGUUCUUCUGUGCAUCUGGCUCUGAGGAAGCAGAUAGUUUUUCCAUGCGGCCCUUUAAGUGUCUUAAUGUUAAGAAGGUGAGAUUUAAAGGGGGCUUGAUCACUGGGGAGUCUCUGAUGUUGUUGCUUGUACAUUUACUCAUGGUGUUGACUAAUUUGUCCACAUGUGAAGCCGAAGCCACCUUGCAUUAUUUAGAAGAACUUCUGGCAUCUUUGAGAACAGAAACCUCAUCACGAACUCUCUCUGAAAAGGUGUCUCUAGCUGUGAACCAGAAAGCAGUGAAAAUAAUUGCAUACAGAAAUGGAGCUGGUUACCGAAAUGGGCAGUUAAUCAUUGCUAGUACAUUCCCUAUGCUGCUAUAUUUAUGUACAAAACAACUGGAACUCAACAGGACAGCUUGUAGGCUCUACACCAGUGAGGGAACAUUAAUCCUCACACUGCAAGAUUUAGUCUUGUGGGCUGUAAAUGAUUUUUUCAGGAAGCAGGAAUCCAAAAAAGGAGAAGAAGAUGCCAUUUCUGUUCCUGGUCCUGAAGGAAAUGUAUCUGCAUUGCUUGUAAAAGAUAAGCCAGCAGAGGAAGUGAACAUCAAGUGCACAUCAUCAGUGAGGACCCCAGAUAGUUUGAUCGAUGAUAAUUUGCUCACCAUCAUUCUUAGAAAUCCUAUUGAGGUCUGGGUUUCCAGUGGAGAACCUUUUCUGCCUAUGGAUACUCUGCAAAAUGCAGAAAGGCAAGAACAACAAAACUGGUUGGAAAAAGAUAGAAUUCUGGCAGACUUAGACACGAUGAAACACAAAAUGAGACAACUACAAGGGCGGCGCAUAACAAAAUUUCAGCCAGCCAAUAUGGUGCCCACUAAGAGUCCCCUACAGCCUGUGGUAAUAGAAGGAGGCUGGACUGAAGAAACCCAGGAAGAGAUGAAGCUCAUGGAAAAUAUCCUACAUACAGAGAUGCACCUUUCAGAGAUUCAAGCAUUCCAGUCCAAAAGAAGUUAUCCUUUUUCUCCUAAACUACUUGCAAAAAGUCACAGAAGUCUCUACAAUCAGCCUACAACCAAAAGGGUGUGGGCUUACAUGAAUGGAUAUAAACCUGAGCAAGGAGUUCAUGCCUGGGGAAAAACAAUGGCAGAGCUACUUGAUAGCUGUACAACUCAGCUAAAAAUGCCACAGCCUGCAAAGGCACUGUACACACCCAGUGGUGACCAACUGCAUUCAUGGGAUGAAAUAGAAAGAGACAUGGUGCUUUGUGUUUCCACGGGACAGCCCUUUAUGAGCAGAAAAGCCAUGAAGCAUGAUGUGGAAGUUAGAGCUCUGUAUGCCAGAAUGCAGAAGCAGCAAGGUCCAGAAGCAACUGACAUUACUGUCUCACCAUCGCAAAAAAUUAUAGGACAGGUUGUAUCUUUAAGAGUUAUAGGGUGGUACUGCAUGCUACACGAUUGGCCAUAA